AUGGCUGGGGCUAUGACAGGUGCUAUGACAGGUGCUAUGACAGGUGCUAUGACAGGUGUGGCAAGUAUGGCAGGUAGUAUGGCAGGUAGCGGUGCGAUGUCACCAUUCAAUCCAGACGAAGAGUAUGAUGAUGAAGGUGCAAGCUCGGAUGGUGUAUCAACUUUAGUACGCAAAUUAGUACGAUUGUCUGCAAUGAAGGAUGCAUCACCAUUCGAAUUCCUAGCAUUGGAAUGCAUUCUAUUCGAAGUCAUCAGAAGCCUUACAGAGGAAACGGGACCAGCUUGUGAUCUUGUCAGCCAUAUGAGAACCAGUUCGUCAUCCGUUGCUUCAAGCUCAAGCAAGUUACAUCAAAUUCGCGAACUGAAAAAAUUACUUCAACAAGCAGCAUCACAAGCCGAAGGAAUAGCACAAUGUUUAACUGAAGUACUCGGGUCAGAAGAGGACAUACGCCGCCUAGAGUUAUCACGCUUCUCAUCUGCACCUGACCAAUGGGAUGAACCCACAGACUCACCCGGCGCCGAAGAUGUAGAAAUUCUUCUUGAGAGCUACCAACAAGAUAUUCAAGGAUUGAUUCAGCAAAUCGAGGACGCGGAUGACGCACUGGAUCUCACGAUUCAGAUGAUGCAGUUGCAACUGGCGACGACGCGGACGACGUUGCUUAAAAUCGAGAUUGCCCUUCAAGUAAUCGGCGUCGUGCUCAGUUUGGUCUCUGCCGUGGCAGGAUUGUUCGGAAUGAAUCUCGAAAACGGGCUGGAGCAACGUGAAGACAUCUUUUGGCGUCUCACUUGUAUCAUGCUCGGCCUCAUUGUCUUCGCUAUGGUCCUCACCGGCACCGUCGCCCGAAACCUCACCCUAUAG